AUCAAGCAAACACCCACUCAACCUAUCCACACAUAAAUAUGUUGGAAGCUUUACGUUCGCGAACACAACACCUUGUAUCAUAAAACCAUUGCUGGUCCAGAUACAUAAGCUAAGUCUCUCCCACUAUUUUUGCAUUUUCCCUACCCUUUAUAUAUUCACCUCUUUAUUCCUUUUAUUUAGACAACCAAACACAAACAAACUAUAACCCCCAUAUUACCCAACUUCUCUUAGCUAAAGCCACUUCUCGUCAUGGGUUCUAUUGAAAAUGAAAGCUCGGGACCAGAGGUUAUCACCGUUGAUGUAGUAGCAGCCAAGGGUCUUAUCCAGACCAGUCAUGUUUAUCUUGAUGUCAGGACAGUGGAAGAGUUCGAGAAAGGGCAUGUGGAUGCAGAGAAGAUCAUUAACAUUCCCUACAUGUUUAAUACACCACAAGGCAGGGUGAAGAACCCGGAGUUUCUUAAGGAGGUUUCAUCUGCUUGCAAGAAAGAAGAUCGCAUCAUCGUGGGUUGUCAAAGUGGAGUUAGAUCUCUUUAUGCAACUGCUGAUCUUCUGACCGAAGGUUUUAAGGAUGUGAGCAACAUGGGAGGAGGUUAUCUGGAUUGGGUUAAAAACGAGUUUCCAGUGAAAGCACGUUUGGAAUUGGUUAAAAACGAACUUCCAGUGAAAGCACCUUCAGAUUUGGUUAAAACUGAAUUGCCAGUGAAAGCACCUUUGGAGUUGGUUAAAAAUGAAUUUCCGGUGAAAGCACCUUUAGUUGGUUAGAAAUUAAAAAUUGAAUUUCCAAUGAAUUUCCCGUGAAGUUAAAGCACCUUUAGCCAAAUUUAAAAAGGAGCUCUAUGAUCCUUUUUAAAUUUCAGCUUUGUACUAUUACCUUAUCUUUUCUAUUUACUACUUUCAGCUUGUUCAUUAAGAAGGUAAUUAAGGAAAACAAUGUCUGUACUUACAUCUACUUAAUUCAAGUAAUGCAUAAGGGUUACUUGGUAAAGCCAUUCAGAAUCUUUGUUAA